GUAACGGGAGCACCAGGUCUGCAAAACACUGAAUUUGUGCUUGCAUGCGCAUUAUGGCGUCAUGCGUGUGCAGUUGAGAUCGCCAUGCACCCGGCAGAGGUUGCCCUGGAGGCUUGGGCUUUGUUGUCAGAGAGCCCACUUGCAGCGCUGCUCACUCAACUGACCCGCUCACUAGGUCCCUAGGUGGCGCUGCAUUUGUUCAAUACUCAAUCUUGCAUGGACUUUGCCUCCCAGCCACACAGAGAGUUCACAGCAAGCCUGCCAAAUUUGCGGGGCGACCGGGUCCAGGAAACCUUGCGUGCGCUCAGUGAGAGUUGUCCCCUGCUGGGCAAAGAGGCAUCGCUGCUGCCUUUGGAGAAGAGUUUGCAUCGAAGUUGUCGUGAAGCAGGAGAAGUUCACUUCAUCAGCUUUUGGCGAAGCCUUGGAGAGGUCACUCUGGAGGAGGCAUCUCAAGUCUUGUCAGCAUCAAGCUCCUGCAGGACUUUUAGUUCGCCAACGGCGGCCAAGCGUGCCACGCCACCGGAGUGUUGGGUGGAAUCCGACUUCCAGCGGUGUGAGGCCGCGGCGGGCCUGACUUUGCCCUUCGGGCCAUUGGGGAGAGCUUCCUUGGAGGCUGCCCCAAGCCAGGCGAUGCAGCAGGAGCCCUGUAAGAUGCCUUUGACGCCAAGGACUUGUCCGAGGACGGUGAUUCAGGAGUUGGAAGAUCUUCGUGAUGUCAUGAUGGAUCACUUCGAGGCAUCCAAGGACGAUAACGUUCCGAUGACACUGUUCUGGGAAGCUGUAAGGUCCAUCCAGAGUAGCUCUGACUCUCCUGAGUUCUGGCGCAAACUUUCAGCCCAGAUGGGCCAAGCAGGAAGCGAUCGGAUCAGCAUCUCAGAGAUCACCACGGUGCUCCUACUGUGGCUUCGCGAAGCUGCUGCGAAUGAGCUCCCCUACGACGAACUUGAGGCUUCAGGCACUGCAGUUGCUGCCAACGCUUCACCUCGACCUUGCUCCGAGGCAGAUGACCUUCCGAUCCUGGCCCAGCACUUGUCAGAGGCAUUGAAGGGCACCGGAUCGCUUGCUCAAGAACAGCAAGCCGCUUCAAGGUGUGGUCAGGACGGAAGUGUCACCGCAGGCUAUACCAGUCCUGCACGCCGCUGUGGCCACCACAUGCGCUCAGCCGUGUUAACGCUGCGGGCAGACAUGCCGGACAUGCAGGUGCAACAUACCCUGGGAGCACACCCUUGGAUGCGUUCAGCCUUGCUGCCUCGCUGCCCGCCAAAUGGAGCCUCCAGGUUGGAGGAGAAUCCGUGUACUGCAUCGUUGCUGCCAGUAUCAAGACAGCAAGGAGGACUCAGAGGCGUUGCUUCGCAGCUGAAUGAAGACACACUUCCUGAUGUGGACGAAACAUGUGCUGAACAAUCAGGAUGGAAUCCUGAAACGACCUUGGAGCGCAUCUUCGCACGAUCUGCAAUGAUGCCGAUAAGUCCAUUGCCUUCCCUAGAGCCCGCGAUGCCAGUAGGGUCUAUGGAGGAGGAUGUCAGAAUGCCCAUCCUUUUGCACAUCUACGAUGUCACGCAGGAGCCCAAAAUUCAGCGCUUGAACAAGGCCGAUGGUCUUGCUCAGAAACCACCUAUGGGCUACAAUUCCUGGAAUGACUUAGAAUGCAGGCCAUCAGAGCAGAAGCUCAUAGCGAUCGCAGAAAAGCUGAAGCUCUUGGGCUUUCUACAGCUCGGCUAUGAGUACGUUGUGGUGGAUGACUGUUGGAUGAUCAGCAGAACUGCCAAAGGCAAGCUGAAAUCAGACAAAGCAGCCUUUCCAUCAGGUAUGAAAGCUUUGGGUGAUCGCUUGCACGAAUUGGGCUUCAAGUAUGGCAUUUAUACUGACAGAGGCUUUAAGACAUGUGCCGGGCGGCCAGCAUCCUUGGGGUAUGAAGCUGACGAUGGGAGGCAGUUUGCUUCGUGGCAAGUGGACUUCCUCAAGAAUGACGGCUGCGUUGAUCCAGAUUGCGGUGACGUGAUGGCUGGGCACCCUCAGUCAGGGAAGUGCGACAUCGAGGGCAAAAAGGCAACGGUACAGAAGUAUCGUCGAAUGGCCGAUGCUUUGAACAGCAGUGGCCGCCCCAUAGUUCAUUCGAUUUGCGGCUGGAACCCUUGGUUCGCUGGGAUUGGCCAUCAGAUCGGUCACAUGUGGCGUGUGACAGCUGAUGUGCGAAACUGGAAGGGAGUCUACGAAGCCAGCCGAGUCAUGGAGAAGCUUCUGAAACAUCACGGUGUCAGCGGCUGGAACGAUCCCGACAUGCUCAUUGGCAGCAGCCAUGGUGCCAAACUGGUCCUCACCCCCGCCCAAUCUCGAGCACAGUUCUCAUUGUGGGCCGUUAUGUCAGCACCACUAAUGCUGGGUGUCAAUGUCAUGAAGAUCACUGACUUUGAUGUGGAGACGUACAGUAAUGCCGAGGCCAUUCGGAUUAACCAAGACCCAGACUUCAAAACAGGACGAGUGGUCUUUUCAAACUGCCCUGCCUAUCCAGAUCUUGAGACGGGUGUGAAUCUUGAUGGAUCACCUGCCUUUAGUAUUCGUUGGCCGCAUGGCGGCGUGAACUGUGGUAACCAUAUCGCCAACAAUUGUGGUUCCUGUGGUACGGGCGAUGACCGAUGCCAUGGCGCCUGCAAGUGGAUACGGAAUCCUGGAGGCGAUUUGCCAAAAUGCUUGCCUGUAGACAACACUUCCGCAAAGACCAAUGUCAGCUGCGGGGGCCAUCACGCGAAGAGCUGUGAAGAGUGUCCACGAGGAAACGGCAGGACUUGGUGCAACAAGGACUGCAAGUGGUUGGAUGAGGGAGAAUGUGUGCCCAGUGACAAGCCAACGAGCUAUGAAGAUCGUUGGAAUCCUUGGACCCUUGAAAUGAUAAACGAUCAGGCCGAGCGAGAGUGCCAGAUCGUUUGGGCGAAGACAUUGAGUACGGGUGAAGUGGCUGUGGCCGGCGUGAACUUUGCAGCUCGUAAAGCGGUUGUCUCACUGCAGUUGUCGAAGCUUCUGCAGGAGAAGACAGAGAAUGUUCGACUGGCCGUCAAGAAUGUUUGGAGUGGGCAGUCACGCAUGCAGUCUGGCGAUCUCCACCUCAGCUUGGAGGCCAAGGGUGGCCACCAGCUGUUGCUCCUGAUGGAUGCAAAAGUGGCACGAGAUCUGACGGAGCAAACAGCGAAACAUCGUCCUUGCAUCGGAGCCUCGUGCUCGAACAACCGAAAGGAAGGCGCAUUCUUCAGCCCUUUGCAUGGCGAUGUGGUCAAGGAGCUUUUGUCCAAAAGCCCGCGGUCUGUGCUUGAGAAGCUGUUGGAGAGGUCGAUCACCGAGCAAAAAGCCUUGCAGAUGGAGGACCUUUUCCAAGAGUUGCCUGCAGAGCUGGACGAAGGCAGCAAUCCUGGCUAUGAGAUUCCGACGGUGCUAGCCUUGGUCUCACUGGCCUUUCUGGUCAUCAUUUUAUGCACUCGCCGUGCCCACAAGUACACUCAGAAGUGA